CCGCGUACCUUCGUACAUAAGCAAAUCAGCCCGUCUUCUUGGCCAUUUGCAUCUUGCCACCGCAAAGAGCACACUGCACCUCAUCCUCCGUCCCAGAUCGUCGUCCCAGUGCCUGGGAUACGGAAAUCCUGUGUCGUCACCAUGGAUUACGCCUAUUUCAACACCGCUCCACCACAGCACCCCUACCAGUUCAUCGGACUGCCCCCAACGCCCACCUAUUCACAGCCCAUCGACCACGACACGAUCCGGAGCAUCGAACCCCUCGACACAGCUUUCCUGCCCUCUUACGAUGCCUUCCAAUACUCCCAGAACGCCCUCCCGGCAACUUCCGGCUCGCCAGACCCAGUAAGCGGCCAUACUCCAAUGCCUGCCGGCAGCCUAGACAGUGGACUUGGGGGAGACCUGGACGCGCGGGACAGCCGAACUCGGAGCAGCAGCGAGGAGAAAGAGACGGGCUUGACGCCAGCACAGAGUCGGCGGAAAGCGCAGAACCGGGCAGCCCAACGCGCCUUCCGCGAGCGCAAAGAACGCCACGUCCGCGACCUCGAAGCCAAGCUCUCCGCCCUCGAAUCGUCCACCAACAGCCUGCAAUCCGACAACGAGCGCCUCAAGCUCGCCCUGCAACGUGUCCGCACCGAGAACGAACUCCUGCGCGCGACCUCAGCACACUCCCCGACCUCGUCCCGCCCAGUCUCCGGCUCCUACUCGCCCACCGCCAACGGCGACUCGGCUGACGACGCAGACUACAACGUCCACUCGCUCACGCACAGCACCGUAGUCACUGAAAUGUCGUUCCGGGACUCGGAGAAAUCGAAGCGGUUUAGCGGCAGCAAGGAGCUCCCCGCCCAGCAGACGUGGGACCUGAUACAGAGCCACCCGCUGGUGAAGCAGGGGCUUGUGGACAUUGCGGAUGUGUGUGAGCGGCUGCGGGGGCUGGCGCGGUGUGAUGGGCACGGGCCGGUGUUUGAGGAGCGGGCGGUGUGGAAGGUGGUGGAGGAGAGCAGGAGAGGGGGUGGGGACGAGCUGAUUUGAGCUGAUUCUCAUCUUUUGUAAUCACAGUCGCUUCAUCUUUUUCUACGUCAAAAGGGCUGGACGAGCAGUUCACGGCAGUCAGGCGUUUUUUCUGGUUGGGGGGCUUGGAAACCCUGCACGAGGUGUGCAGCAUGCAAAUGUUGCUGGUUGCUGCGCACUCGAACAACGACCAGCUGUUGUGGCGUGGGAUCGACUGCUAGUCGCAGCAUCCUGCCACUACAGCAUUUCCCCCCUCAAA